AUGGGAAAGCUUGGAAUGGCGCUAACGAGCGUAAUGUCGCUGAGUUUUGUAUUAGGAAUUCUCGCAACAUCGCUUCCGAAAUCCGAACGAUUACCGAAGAUAGUCAUUUAUGUGAUGGCAAAUCUUCUAAUUGUGGUAUUCGCCCUUGUCGCGGCACUUGCGCUAUUGUAUUUGAAGGAAAUGUGUUUGCACAGCUGUGAAGACAAUAAGAGCGAUGAGAGGAAAUCAAACGAGAACAAGCGUUAUCGCAAGGCUGCAUACGUAGUAAUUGCCAUGUUCGAAUUAGCAAAUCUUAUAAACUUGAUUGUACUUAUCGCAUAG